GGCUGCUUUCAUCUGAGUGCGAAUUUUCUCACUCUCUCUCUCCUCUCUCUCUCUCUCUCUCUCGCUCAGAGGAAAACUGGAACAAACGAAUAGAAAAACUCUCUCGCUCUCUCUCUCUAACUCUUUCUCCAUAGCUAGGGUUGGGCUGAGAGAGAAGGAAGCAGAGCAGCCAUGGGAACCGCUCGGAGACAGCUCAAGGCCAUGCUUCGCAAGAACUGGCUUCUCAAAAUCCGUCACCCUUUCGUCACCGCCGCCGAGAUUUUGCUUCCUACGGUGGUUAUGUUGUUGCUAAUAAUAGUGAGAACUCGUGUUGAUACUCAAAUUCACCCAGCAGAGGAGUAUGUUCGAAAAGACAUGUUUACGGAAGUGGGCAAAGGAAUGUCCCCUAGUUUUGAACAAGUUCUUGAAUUACUAUGGAGUGAGGGAGAGUAUCUGGCUUUUGCACCUGAUUCAGAGGAGACGAAUACGAUGAUUAACUUAUUGUCGGUGAAAUUUCCCCUCAUAAAGCUAGUUAGUAGAAUUUACAAAGAUGAAGAAGAGCUCGAAGCCUACAUUCGUUCAGAUGCUUACGGUACCUGCAUUCAACUCAGGAACUGUUCAAAUCCUAAAAUCAAAGGAGCAGUAGUAUUCCAUGAUCAAGGCCCGCACGCAUUUGACUAUAGUAUACGGCUCAAUCACACAUGGGCUCUUAAAGGAUUUCCUGAUGUUAAAUCCAUUAUGGACACAAAUGGUGCUUAUCUUAAUGACUUGGAACUGGGCGUUACUCCUAUACCAAUAAUGCAAUACAGCUACAGUGGAUUUUUAACUCUCCAGCAAAUUUUGGAUUCUUUUAUAAUUUUUGCUGCUCAGCAAUCUGAGAGUGGAACUUCUCUCCAUUACUCUGAUACACCUUCAUUUCUCAAAGUUCCAUGGAUGCAAUUUAGUCCUUCUAACAUUAGAAUAGCUCCUUUUCCAACUCGUGAAUACGCUGAUGAUGAGUUCCAGUCGAUCACCAAGAAUGUCAUGGGUGUAUUGUAUCUUUUGGGUUUUCUCUAUCCGAUAUCUCGUCUGAUCAGCUAUACAGUGUUUGAGAAGGAGCAGAAGAUAAAAGAAGGUCUCUACAUGAUGGGGCUGAAAGAUGGCAUAUUUUAUCUCUCUUGGUUCAUCUCGUAUGCUUCUCAGUUUGCAAUUUCUUCUGCAAUCAUUGUGGUUUGCACUAUGGACAACCUUUUCAAAUAUAGUGAUAAGUCAUUGGUGUUUACUUACUUCUUUCUGUUCGGACUAAGCGCGAUCACACUGGCUUUUGUAAUCUCCACAUUCUUUUCUCGAGCCAAAACAGCUGUUGCAGUUGGAACCCUUUCUUUUUUGGGUGCCUUUUUCCCCUAUUACUCUGUUGACGACCAAGCUGUUUCGAUGAUAGUAAAGGUUCUUGCUUCUCUGCUUUCACCUACGGCCUUUGCUCUAGGGUCAAUUACUUUUGCUGAUUAUGAGCGUGCUCAUGUUGGACUUCGUUGGACCAACAUAUGGCGAGCAUCGUCUGGGGUUAAUUUUUCAGUUUGUCUCCUUAUGAUGCUGGUUGACACGUUGCUCUACUGUGCAAUUGGUCUUUACUUGGAUAAGGUCCUUCCCAGGGAGAAUGGCAUCCGUUAUCCAUGGAACUUCAUUUUCACAAAGUGCUUUUGGAAAAAGAAAAGCAUCGACAAUUAUCACACUUCCACUCAAGUUAAUAUUAAUCAAAAGGAUUCGGAGAAAAAGAAGAAUUUCUUUGGGAAAGAUAGUUCUAAACCAGCUGUGGAAGCUAUCAGUUUGGACAUGAAGCAACAAGAGCUUGAUGGCAGAUGCAUUCAAGUAAGGAAUCUGCAUAAGAUAUAUUCCACGAGAAAGGGGAAGUGUUGUGCUGUUAACUCACUACAACUCACCUUAUAUGAAAAUCAGAUUCUUGCACUUCUAGGACAUAAUGGAGCUGGUAAAAGUACAACGAUUUCGAUGCUUGUUGGCCUUGUUUCUCCUACUUCAGGGGAUGCUUUGGUGUUUGGGAAGAAUAUUAUCACACAUAUGGAUGAGAUACGGAAGGGGUUGGGUGUAUGCCCUCAAAAUGAUAUCCUUUUUCCAGAAUUAACUGUGAGGGAGCAUUUGGAAAUAUUUGCUAUACUGAAAGGUGUUAAGGAAGAUGUUUUAGAGAGAGUUGUUAGUUAUAUGGUCGAUCAAGUUGGGUUGGCUGAUAAAAGUAGCACUCUUGUGAAGGCUCUUUCUGGGGGUAUGAAGAGGAAACUGUCUCUUGGUAUUGCGCUGAUAGGAGAUAGUAAGGUUAUAAUUCUUGAUGAACCUACCAGUGGGAUGGAUCCAUACUCAAUGCGUUUGACAUGGCAGUUAAUAAACAAAAUAAAGAAGGGCAGGAUAAUAUUACUGACAACACAUUCAAUGGAUGAAGCUGAUGAACUUGGAGAUCGAAUUGCUAUUAUGGCUAAUGGUUCCUUAAAGUGUUGUGGAAGUUCCCUUUUCUUGAAGCAUCAAUAUGGUGUUGGUUAUACUCUAACUUUAGUAAAGUCUGCACCCACUGCCUCUGUAGCUGCUGACAUUGUUUAUCGCCAUAUUCCAUCGGCAAUGUGUGUGAGUGAGGUUGGGACUGAGAUUUCCUUCAAGCUUCCUCUAGCAUCUUCAUUUUCCUUUGAGAGUAUGUUUAGGGAGAUUGAAAUGUGCAUGAAACGAUCAGGUUCCAAGUCAAAAACAAAUGAUGAUGAAGAGAAAGACCCUGCUAUUAUUGAAAGUUAUGGUAUCUCUGUCACAACUCUUGAGGAGGUAUUCCUCAGAGUUGCAGGAUGUGAGUACGAUGAAUCUGAAUGUUUAGAGCAGAGAAGUAGUCUCCAUUUACCUGGUCCUGUGACUUCUCAUGUUUCUCUUGAUCCUGCUCCUAAAAAUCUUUGGCAUUCGGACAAACUUUUUGUGAAUUGCAAGUAUAUUCUUGGGUUCAUAUGUGCUGUAGUGGGGAAGGCAUGUGGGUUGAUUUUUGCCACAGUUUUAAGUUUCAUAAACUUCUUGAGUAUGCAAUGUUGCAGCUGCUGUAUCAUUUCAAGAUCAACAUUUUGUCAACAUUGUAAAGCCUUGAUUAUAAAGAGGGCAAUAUCUGCUCGGAGGGACCGGAAAACAAUUGUUUUCCAGCUCCUGAUUCCUGCAGUUUUCUUGCUUAUUGGACUUCUUUUUCUCAAGCUCAAACCGCAUCCUGAUCAACGGCCCUUGACCUUUACAACCGCUCAUUUUAAUCCUUUGUUAACUGGUGAAGGGGGUGGGGGUCCUAUUCCUUUUGACCUAUCCUGGCCUAUUGCAAAGGAGGUAGCACAGCAUAUCAAAGGGGGUUGGAUUCAAAUCUUUAAACCCACUGGAUAUAAAUUUCCUGACUCAGAGAAGGCACUCACUGAUGCGAUUGAGGCUGCAGGGCCAACUCUGGGACCAGUUUUACUUUCAAUGAGUGAAUAUCUAAUGUCUAGCUUUAAUGAAUCAUACCAGUCAAGGUAUGGGGCAAUCGUGAUGGAUGAUCAGAGUGAUGAUGGAAGUUUAGGAUACACUGUACUUCACAAUAGUUCUUGUCAGCAUGCUGCUCCCACUUUUAUCAAUUUGAUGAAUGCUGCAAUUCUUAGGCUUGCUACACAUAAUACCAAUAUGACAAUUCAAACACGCAACCACCCUCUGCCAAUGACGAAAAGCCAGCAUCUGCAACGUCAUGAUCUGGAUGCCUUCUCUGCUGCAGUUAUUGCUAGUAUUGCCUUCUCUUUCGUUCCUGCUUCAUUUGCCGUUUCCAUUGUGAAGGAGCGUGAAGUCAAAGCUAAGCACCAACAACUGAUUAGCGGGGUUUCUAUACUCGCAUACUGGGCUUCUACGUACAUAUGGGACUUCAUCAGCUUCUUAUUUUCUUUCUCUUUUGCAAUAAUUCUUUUUAACAUCUUCGGUCUUGAUCAGUUUAUUGGAAAUGGACGUUUUUUGCCAACGGUCAUUAUGUUUUUGGAAUAUGGACUUGCAGCUGCAUCAUCAACGUAUUGCCUUACAUUUUUCUUUUCUGACCAUACUAUGGCUCAGAAUGUAGUUCUCCUGGUCAACUUUUUCACGGGGCUCAUUCUUAUGAUUAUAUCUUUAAUAAUGGGGCUUAUUAAGACCACAGCAAGUGCAAAUUCUUUUCUGAAGAAUUUCUUUAGGCUAUCACCAGGAUUUUGCUUUGCUGAUGGACUUGCAUCACUGGCUCUUUUGCGGCAAGGGGUGAAAGAUAAAUCUAGUGAUGAGGCUUUUGAUUGGAACGUUACUGGUGCCUCUAUUUGCUACCUUGGUGUGGAGUGCAUUUGUUACUUUCUCUUGACACUUGGGCUUGAAAUCUUUCCUUCUCACAAACUGAGCCUAGCCACACUCAAGGAGUGGAGUCUUAAAAUUUUCCAUUGGGGUGGUUCUUCAUCUUAUUUAGAACCUCUUUUAGGAUCUCCCUCAGAAGCUGUCGCUCUUGAUUUUGACGAAGACAUAGAUGUAAGAACUGAAAGAAACAGGGUACUUUCAGGUUCCGUAGAGAAUGCUAUCAUCUACUUGCAUAAUCUUCGAAAGGUGUACCCUGGAGAUAAAAAUCGUGGUAGAAAAGUUGCAGUGCAUUCUUUGACUUUCUCGGUUCAAGAGGGGGAAUGCUUUGGCUUUUUAGGAACAAAUGGAGCAGGAAAGACGACUACUCUGUCAAUGCUUUCUGGUGAGGAAUCUCCGACAGAUGGAACUGCUUACAUAUUUGGCAGAGAUAUAGGCUCCAAUCCUAAGGCAGUUCGCCGGCAUAUUGGAUUUUGCCCACAGUUUGAUGCUUUACUAGAGUAUUUGACCGUCCAGGAGCAUCUUGAGCUUUAUGCAAGAAUUAAGGGAGUUCCAGAUUACCAGAUAGAUUAUGUGGUGAUGGAAAAGCUAGAGGAAUUUGACUUGUUGAAGCAUGCUAACAAACCAUCAUUCUCUUUAAGUGGAGGAAACAAGCGCAAAUUGUCUGUGGCAAUUGCAAUGAUUGGAGAUCCUCCUAUAGUCAUUCUGGAUGAGCCAUCUACAGGUAUGGAUCCAAUCGCAAAACGUUUCAUGUGGGAAGUGAUAUCCCGAAUAUCAACCAGACGAGGAAAGACAGCUGUAAUUCUUACUACCCAUAGCAUGGAUGAAGCUCAAGCACUGUGCACAAGGAUCGGGAUAAUGGUUGGAGGCCGAUUAAGAUGCAUUGGAAGUCCACAGCAUCUGAAAACAAGAUUUGGAAACCAUCUGGAGUUAGAGAUUAAACCUAUUGAAGUCAGCAAUGUGGAGAUGGAAAACCUUUGCCGAUUCAUUCAAGGAAAGCUUUUUGACAUUCCUUCUCAACCUAGGAGUUUACUUAACGACCUUGAAGUUUGCGUUGGGGGCAUCGACUCCAUUACAUCAGAAAAUGCAUCCUUUGCAGAGAUUAGCUUGUCAAAGGAAAUGAUAACAAUGAUUGGCCAGUGGCUUGGGAACGAAGAAAGAAUUCAGAUGCUCAUCUUGUCGAUACCUGUUCCUGAUGGAUUUUUUGGUGAACAAUUAUGCGAGCAAUUGGUUCGAGAUGGUGGUAUCCCAUUGCCUAUAUUUUCUGAAUGGUGGUUAUCCAAAGAAAAGUUUUCAGCAAUUGAUUCAUUUGUCCUCUCUUCAUUUCCUGGUGCAAUUUUCGACGGGUGCAAUGGAUUGAGUGUCAAGUAUCAGUUGCCGUACAGAGAAGAUCUGUCGCUAGCAGAUGUCUUUGGACACCUGGAACGGAACAGAAAUCAACUUGGGAUAGCGGAAUACAGUCUCAGCCAGUCCAAUCUACAAACCAUAUUUAAUCAUUUUGCGGCAUACCCACAACAUGUUGAGACGUAAGUUUUCUUGCACUCUAUACCAUAUAACAAAUCAACAACUCACAGCAGCGUCUCCCUUGCUCAUUUUUUUUGCUAAAAAAGGUUGAGACCUUAGUUUUGUUAUAAAUAUCACAAACCCAUUGUACAUAGCUAAAAGUUACACCAUUUCCACCAAAUAAAUAAAUUAAAGUUACAGCAUUUUUUUUAAUAAAUGGAAGUUGUUAAUUCCUGUAAUAUGAUACUUUGGUAGUCGUCGUCUUAUCUUUAA